GGUAGGCAGCAUUGUAGGAUCAGUGACCAAGAAACUAAUGGGAAAAUGCCAGCUGCCAGUCCAAAUGACUUCAGUGAUCCAGUUUACAAAGAAAUUGCCAUGACCAAUGGUUAUAUCAACAGAAUGACCAGAGAUGAGCUCAGAAGUAAACUUGCAGAGUUCAAGCUUGAAACCAGAGGAGUGAAAGAUGUGCUGAAAAAGAGACUGAAAAACUAUUACAAGAAACAGAAGCUAAUGCAGAAGGAAACCAUUAAUAGAGACAACUGCUAUGACUACAUCUGUGUUGUUGACUUUGAAGCAACAUGUGAAGAAGGAAACCCACGUGAAUUCGUACAUGAAAUAAUUGAGUUUCCUGUUGUCUUACUAAACACGCAUACCCUGAAAAUAGAGGACACAUUUCAGCAAUACGUGAAGCCAGAGAUUAAUCCCAAGCUUUCAAACUUCUGCAUCAGCCUGACAGGAAUCACCCAGGACAUUGUCGAUAAAGCUGAGACAUUUACUCAAGUUCUGCAGAAUGUCAUAGAGUGGAUGAGACAGCGAGAACUGGGAACAAAGUAUAGCUAUUCGAUGUUGACAGACGGGUCUUGGGAUAUGAGUAAAUUUCUGAACACCCAGUGCCGUAUUAGCCGUAUCAAAUACCCUUCUUUUGCCAAAAAGUGGAUCAAUAUUCGCAAAUCAUAUGGGAACUUCUAUAAGGUUCCUAGGAACCAGACCAAGCUGACAAUGAUGCUUGAAAAUCUGGGUAUGAAUUAUGAUGGUAGACCUCACAGUGGACUUGAUGACUCUAAAAAUAUUGCAAGGAUAGCUAUAAGGAUGCUACAGGAUGGCUGUGAACUGCGGGUAAAUGAGAGGAUGCAUGCUGGACAGCUUAUGACAGUCUCCUCCUUGGCCCCCUUAGAGGGAGCCCCUGCUCCACAGAUGCCCCGCUACAGAAACUAGCAGUUCAGGGGUUCUGCCUUCAGAACUGCUCCCAGAUACUCAUGAAGGACUGUUACAAAUUUUAUUGAACAGACACCUCUGCCAGCCUGUCUGCAGUGCAGAAUCCAAGAAGCACCUUAACUGGUCAUCUCUGUUGAAAUAAAGAGUGUGGAAGCUCUUUGCUCUUUGCAGCCUGUGUUACAGCA